UUUUCGGAGGCGUCUUUAAUUUUCAAGGCCGUGACCAUGAACAGGCUGUUGAUUUUGUUCAGUGUAGUUGUUGCCGCGUUGGUGUUUAUUUGUCCUUUUACAAAAGUAGAAGAAAGCUUCAACAUACAGGCACUGCAUGAUUUGCUCUAUUUUGGACCAAAUCUGACUUCGUAUGACCAUAAAGAGUUCCCUGGUGUUGUCCCGAGAUCAUUCCUAGGUUCUUUGUUAAUUUCCUGGGUAUGCGCACCGGUAGUUUACCUGUGUUCAUUGCUGAAACUAAAUAAGUUUGUCUCCCAGUAUAUCGUUAGGAUUUCUUUGGGAGUACUAACAAUCCUCAGUUUGAAAACGUUCGCAAAUUCAGUGAAAAAAGUUUUUGGGAAACAUGUGUGUGCACGUUUUCUUUUAAUAUGUUGCAGUCAAUUCCACUUUUCAUUUUAUGCUUCGAGGACGCUUCCCAAUAGCUUUGCUAAUGUACUCGUCUUAUAUUCUUUGGGUCAAUUAAUCAACGGCAAUCAGGCUGCAUUUCUUGUAUCCGCUGGCAUAUCAAUCUUAGUAUUUCGUAGUGAAUUAGUCCUACUGUUUGGACCAUGUCUACUGUAUGCUUUAUUCACUGGACGUGUAAAAAUUCAAUGGAAUUUCUUCAAGAUAAUUAUUACAACAACAAUCAUCAGUAUCGGCUGCAGUGUCCUUGUCGAUUCCUACUUUUGGGGUAGAUUAAUUUGGCCAGAAUUGGAAGUAUUUUAUUUCAAUACAAUUUUAAACAAAAGUGGACAAUGGGGAAUAUAUCCCUUUCAUUGGUAUUUCACCUCUGCUUUGCCAAGAUCUCUUCUAUCCUCUUGUUUCAUCCUAUAUGCAUGGAUCCCUAUAAUUAUGGUGAAAAUACUUCAAAAGUUUUCCACAAACAAAGAUGAUGUUAUCAUCAUACCUCAGAGUACUGGAUUACUCUUUGUUGCUUUAAUAUUUAUUGGCUUGUAUUCAUUUCUACCGCAUAAAGAAUUACGCUUUAUUAUUUAUGUAUUACCUGUGCUGAAUCUGGUCGUGGCAGAUAUUUGGACUAACUUAGAGAAACCAAUGCUAUCAUCUAAAGGAGGUGUAUAUACGAAUCUGUUGAAAAAGAAAUCUCUGCCUAAACGAAUAACAGUCAUUCGUCUUCUACUUAUCUUAUGCUGUUAUUCUCAUCUCCUUGUGAAUGCUGCCUGUUCAAUCCUCUUAACUAAAGCGGCACAAAAUAAUUAUCCUGGUGGGGAAGCAUUGAAUACACUGAAUCAUAUGGAACAUUUAAUACAGAGAAAUGAUGUUCAUGUUCAUAUUUGUAAUUUGGCUGCACAGACUGGUGUUACUCGCUUUUUACAAAUACAUGAUAAAUGGAUAUAUAAUAAAACUGAAGGCAUAGAAAAGGAUUUCAACGCGUUGAACACAUCAAACUUUACCCAUUUGAUCUCAGAAAUAUCAUCCACUAAUGACGACGAAGAAGAAGAAGUAAAUCAGAAGCUGCUGUCGUCUUCUUUUAAGCGGCUCUACCAAGUGAAUUCUUUCAAUGGGAUACAAUUUCAUGUCAAUUGGAAGCUAUACAGCCUGUUUGAAUUCAAAAGUGUUCCACGACUGUUUAUCUAUGAAAGAAUAAAUUUCACCAAAACUUAAAUUUUUCCAUCUGGUGAGAUCAUAUUGUGUAACCUUUUUUAUGGGGUGUAAUAUUUUGUUAAAUAUAUAAAUUUUUUUUAC